AUCCCAUCACUCCACCAGCCAGCCACCCACACCAGCUACACCACUCAAGCUCCACCUCAUCCCCCACCAACACUCCACCCAAACACCCACCCACCCAACAACAAUGGCCCGCACCAAACAAACCGCCCGAAAAUCCACCGGUGGAAAAGCGCCCCGGAAACAACUCGCGGCCAAGUCGGCCCGCAAGUCGGCCCCGACAACCGGCGGUGUCAAGAAGCCCCACCGAUACCGUCCCGGAACAGUCGCCCUUCGUGAGAUCCGGCGGUACCAGAAAUCGACCGAACUGCUCAUCCGAAAGCUGCCCUUCCAACGUCUCGUCCGUGAGAUCGCACAGGACUUCAAGACCGACCUGCGGUUCCAGUCUUCAGCCGUCAUGGCUCUCCAGGAAUCGGCAGAGGCUUAUCUGGUCGGGCUCUUUGAGGACACCAACUUGGCUGCCAUCCACGCCAAGCGGGUGACCAUCCAACCCAAAGAUAUCCAACUCGCCCGACGACUGAGAGGCGAACGCUCAUGAACUCCUCUUUCUCUCCUCGUUCUUCCUAAUCUUCAAUGCUGGCUCUUAAAAAUCUUCAGUAGACUUGUUUACCCCCAAUACCUUCAUGUACUUUGGCCUGAUUCCACUCUCGAUUACUUAUGUUUUUUUUCCUUCUAUCUCAGUCCAAUUUUUUUUUUUUUUUUUUGAGAUGUAAUAACUAUAAGGCGUGCAUAGUCAAACUUCUUAAGAUAGUAGAAACGUAACUAAUCACAGAACCAAGUCCCUGA